AUGGCCAGCUGGCGACGCAACGCGGAUGCCGUGGAGGUUAAUGAGGUGUGCGGGCAGCAUACGCAGUGCCGUUGCUAUGAGUGCGUCGGCCUCCGGAAAGCGGCCAAUCAGCUUGACAACUUGGACUGGCACUACAACGAUGAAGGGGCAAGGGCAAUUGAAAAGGCACAGCAAGCUGUCUGGGAGGCGCGCAAAGUUCUGUUUGCUCUCCACAACCCCCUUACAGUCACUGGGAUGCUACAUCAAUUCGACAAGCGCAUGGAGAUGAAUAGAUCUCAAGCAGGAAGGGCACACUACAAUGAGAGGUCCCAUGCGGAGACUCAACAGCAGAACAACGGCCAAUACGCAAAUGUCACUACACAGGACAAUGAGCCGCACUCGCAAGAGACGGGUCAAUGGUACGACGACGACUACGACUACGACUACGGCGAUGGCCAAUUCAUGGUGUGCGAUCACUGUCGUGGACAUGGCCUUCCAUGCAACGAGGCACCGGUGUGCGAACAGUGUGAGCUGAGCUACACCCCAUGUGUUCACCGCUGGUGCCCGGACAAUCCACACUCGUCCAGGGAUUGCCCGAAUCCGCGUUGUCGAUAUGCGCACAAGGACUAUCUCCCAGUUGAGCGAGACGAGGGCUACAUUCAAGACGACUACAUCAUAUUGCCGGGAAAACUUCGAGGAUGUCGCUACGACGGGAAGUUAUCGCCGCAAAGCGCAGAAGGGUUCAACAAGAGAGCUCUUGAGGACCAAGCGAUCCGCCAUCAGAAGCAGGGCCGUCGAGAUUUCGAUAGGUGGGUUGCGGAAGGGGCCGGCACGCUGGACACGUUGUACUGCUAUUGUGGAAAGUACUGCGCCAAGCACAACGGUAUCGAGCGCUCGGACUGA